AUGGGUCCUACAAUCAGGAUAAGCAAGCCAAAGGAGCCAGAAUCAAAGGAAGGUAAUGAACCGAAAUUGAAGAAGAUAAAGCUUAAGACAGCAGGAAAUAACACGCAAGCAAAACCUGCUCCCAAAAUUAAGCUGAAGCUGAAAAAAAGAGAAACGAAAAUCGAGAAAGAAGCAAGUCCCAAUGCAGCUAAACCGAUCAAACUAAAGAUUAACCUAAAGAAGAGAGAUGACGUGCAACAAACGGCAUCACAUUCACAGUCCCAGUCUCAUCAACAGACGCAACAGCGUAAGGGUGGUGCAGUAGUGAAGACUCCUAAAUUCAGAAUAAAGCCGGUACGAGUUCCAGGUGAAGGGUACGAUUCUGAAGCCAGCGAUGUGGAAGACGACCCAUUGAUUGAGGAAGGUAUUAUUCUUCGAGUGUUACCAGACUUGAGUGCAGAGUUUGUGAAGAACUCUAUUGAAAGUGGCGAUUAUUCUGGAGUAAGCAUAAAAUGGAAGGGUGAAAGACAUGCGGUAGUGAAGGUGAACAAUGUUCAGUACGGGGCUGUAUUGGUAGAUUUACCGAGUAUUAUCGAAGUGAACAAGAGUGUUGAUAGAAGGAAUUUGCUCAAGACAUUUGAUGUGAGCCAAAUGCUAAUAUGUGUUGAUACUAUAAACAAGGAGGAGGAUGUAUUUGCACUGCAAGUAAGCGAUACAGAGGAUCUCACGAAGAAGCACUUUGAAGAAUACAGCAAGGAGAUUCUUGAGCAGCGGAAGCAGCAGCUAAGAGGGUACAAUGGGGGUCCCUUAACGGAUGCCGAGAGCAAGAAUAUAGAUCAAAUUAUAAACAAGGGCUAUGAUUACAAGCACGGUAUAACGCCCCCAUUAUACAAUGCACGGAACCGUCGUUUCAGGCACAAGAUGGGGCCUACGGAGUUUGACUAUGUGGAGCGUACUGUGGAGAGAUUGCUAAAGCAAGACGCGGAAGCGGAAGAGUUUGGGUAUGAAUUGGUGAGCGAGGAUUCCCUUCCACAGCAGAGGUCUACCAGUGCGGUAAGCAUAUCACAGUAUGAGCAGAUGGACGAAGACGAUCACAUUAUGGAUUCGAUGGACACUACGAUCAAUAUCAAACCGCAAACAUCGCAGCAACAACAGCAUGCGCACUCGAGCCAUGUCAAGCAGCACCAUGGGGUUGCUGGCGAAGACGACGACCAUGAGGAGGAUCUUGAAUUAGAAUUAGAACAGGCAUUACAAGUGGAAGCCAGCGACAACGGUAUUGCCGAUGAAAGCGGCAGCAGCAGCGGCGGCGGCAGCGCAGCUGCAGCUACAGCAGCAGCAGCAACUUCAGCUUCAGCUGGCUCAGCUCCAGAACAAGGACAAUUGCUCGAGGAGACAGGAGACGACGUGGAGCAAGAUAACGGAGAGGACGAUGAGGAUGAGGACGAAGAUGAGGACGAGGACGAAGACGAAGGAGAAGAGGAAGAGAUCGAUGACGGUGUAAGUGGCUCUGGAAACAUGUCGAGUUCGAACGGUACGUCUGGAGUGAUGUCGCGGGGCAGUGUGAACAAGCCGGUGGACGAGGCCGCGCAACACGCCGAGCUCUUGCGUGACGAACUCCGGGAGUUAGAGAGCACGCUAGAGUUGAACCGUGGCAAGGCAAGCAAGACUACGAAUCCGUUGUUAAAGACGAGAUUUUUGGAGAGCAUCAAGAAGCUCGAGAAAGAGGUGGAGCUCAAGCGCAAGCAGCUAGGGGAGGCCACUGGCGAAGAAAUAUCCAGCACUGGCGAAGAAAAUUCCAACACUGACGCAGGUCAAGGUCGUGGUCAAGACCGAGAUGGAAAGGCCCACAACAACCUGGGCCAAGACGGUACGAGUGCGGCCGGAAUAUCGGACCACAAGGGCUCAAGCGGUGCCAAUAGCAACGCAGUAAGUGGUGCAGGCGGUGCUGGCGCAAGAACAAGCACAGGCACAGCUAAUGCUGGUGCCGGCUUUGAGCCGGACGAUGACGACGACGACGACGAUAUGGGCUUUGACGACGACGACGAUGACGACGAUGAAGACCAGGACCAGGACCAAGACCAGGACCAAGAAGAGCCAAGACAACCUACUGAGGAGUUGGACCAAGACGACAUGGACAUGAUGUUGCUAUUUGGCGCAGACAACGACUAA